AUGUUCGGGCUGCGACUGCCACCCCACCGCCCUCCUGUCCUGGCCGGCGUUCCUUCACAGCAAUUCUCGGCGCUGACUGAAGUGCUCUUCCGCUUCCUAACAGAGCCCAGGGAGCAGGUAGAAAGGUUUCUGACUCAGCUCUCAGACUUUGCCACCAUGAAUAAAAUCAGCUUGGGCCCCCUGAAAAACAUUGUCAAAAGUAUUCUUCUGGUACCUAAUGGUGCCCUGAAGAGGAAUUUGUCUUCCGAACAAGUCAGAGCAGAUUUUAUUGCUCUAGGCCUCAGUGAAGAGAAAGCCAGUUAUUUUGCAGAACAGUGGAAGGUGAAUUCCCCCACCCUAACACGCCUGGCUGUUGGUCAGACGCUGAUGAUUAACCAGCUGAUAGAUAUGGAGUGGAAGUUCGGAGUGACUGCGGGGAGCAGUGAACUGGAAAAAGUGGGAAGUAUCUUCUUACAGCUGAAGCUGGUGAUUAAAAAAGGGAGCCAAACGGAGAACGUGUAUAUAGAGUUAACUUUGCCCCAGUUCUACAGUUUUCUGCAUGAAAUGGAACGGGUCAAAACCAGUCUGGAAAGCUUCAGCUGAAACAGCACAGGCCUGACCCAACAUCUGCCCAGGAUGUUUAAUGUCUCCGUGGGAGGCUGCAGUACCUCUCCGUCCCAGCUGACUCCAGCACCCCAUCGGACAAGGCUGUGCAGCAAGCGGCGGUGUCGCGGCCCCGAAGGACCCGUCAGUCCUUCAUAACCCGGAACUUCAGCAAGUGUUUCACAGCAGCUACAAGUCCACUCAUCUCUUUGUUUUUUUAACGCUAUUAUGAGAAAUUGUGGUCAGAAAUAUGUGAAUACUUGUAUUAAAAUAGCAAAGAAAUA